AUGGCGAACAAUUCUUCGGGAAGCGACCUCUUCGCUCUGUUGCAGGACCAGCGCGACCCCAAGAGACAGCAAGAGAUAGACGAGCGUCUCGCAAGGCAGUAUGCCAAAGCACAGCAGCGCCAGUCCGAGCUGAUCGGCCACAACUCGACCAAGCCCGUCACCAUCUCGUCCAUCCAGGUCUUGCAGGCCGAGCACACGCGCAGAGGCUUCCUCGAGCGCAUCUUCAAUCCCGUCCUCUCCCACAACCAAGAAGGUCCCUACACUCUGCAAGAAGCUCUGCGCGAGGUUGGCGGCGCCGUCGACAAGCUCAACCGCUUCGGCAUCUUCAAGGCUCCCAUCUCGACCUACAUCGACCAGCCCGACCAGACUGAUGCCUCGUCCACUCCUACCGACCUCUCCGUCUUCAUUCACGCUCCCGAACGCUCUCGCUACACCAUCAAGACUGGUACUGAGGCCGGUUCAUCCGAGGGUUCAGCUUUCCUCGAUGUCGUCCUUCGCAACAUCUUUGGUGGUGCCGAGUCCUUGAACGCUCACGCUUCGCUCGGUACGCGCACUCGUUCCGCCUACUCGGCCUACUUCGACACUCCCGUCCUCAGCAGCCCUGAUAUCCGCUUCGAGAUUGGCGGGCUCGCUAGCUCUACUCUGAAGAGCUGGGCAAGCCACGAGGAGCUCAUCAAGGGUGGCAGCACAAAACUUAAGUGGCUGGACUCGUGGGGCAGCAAGCACGAGCUGGGUUACUCUGGUAUCUGGAGACAAGUCACUGGUCUGUCCGAGAACGCUUCGCCUACUGUCCGCGCCGAUGCUGGUGACAGCUUCAAGUCCAGCAUCUCUCACACCUUCAUCAACGACUCCCGCGAUGCUCCCAUGCUCCCCACGAGGGGUUUCCUAUUCAAGGCUAUCGGUGAACUCGCCGGUUUCGGUCCUCUGAAAGGAGACGUCGCAUUCGCAAAGUACUCAGCCGAGUCUCAGAUGGCCCUUCCUGUCCCCGUCCCUGGUGUUGCUGGUGACAGUGGUAUCUCCUUCACUGCUGGUCUUCGUGGCGGUCUUCUCUACCCUCUAACCCAGGCUGGCUCUGACAGACCCGCUGCAUCCCGCAUUAAUGACCGUUUCCAACUUGGUGGCCCUACCGACGUUCGUGGUUUCCGCCUGGCAGGACUCGGUCCCAGAGACGGACAAGACGCAGUCGGUGGCGACAUNUACGCUGCCGGUGGUGCCAGUCUGCUCUUCCCUGUGCCGGGCAUGGGCAAAGACACUCCUCUACGAUUCCAGACUUUCAUCAACGGCGGACGUCUGUUGGCUCUUCAAGAUGUAGCCAGCGGCGAGNNGAAGGGCGGCAACAACGUCCAGCAAAGCGUGAAGAACGCUUUCCAUGAACUCUCCAAUGGUCUCCCUAGCUGUGCGGCUGGAGUCGGUCUUGUCUACGCUCACCCUGUCGCACGAUUCGAAUUGAACUUCUCACUGCCAUUGGUCCUCCGUAAGGGCGAGGAAGGCAGAAAGGGUGUCCAGUUCGGCGUUGGCAUCGACUUCAUGUAG